AUGGACGCGGGCGGUCCGGCACCGCCGCUGUUCCUCCUGGCCGCGGCGACGGCGACCGCCGUGCUGGCCGCGGCGGCGCUGGGGUGGCUGCUCCUAGCCGGCGGGCGGACGGCGGCGGGGCCGGGGCGGCGGCGGUCCGCGUCGGCGGCGCCACGGCUGCCGCCGGGCAGCACGGGGCUGCCUCUCAUCGGGGAGACGCUGCGCCUCAUCGCGGCGUACAAGACGCCGAACCCGGAGCCGUUCAUCGACGAGCGCGUGGCGCGGCACGGCAGCGGGGUGUUCACCACCCACGUCUUCGGCGAGCGCACCGUCUUCUCCGCCGACCCGGCCUUCAACCGCCUCCUGCUGGCCGCCGAGGGCCGUGCCGUCAGCUGCAGCUACCCGUCCUCCAUCGCCACGCUGCUCGGCCCGCGCUCGCUGCUUCUCACGGCGGGGCCCGCGCACAAGCGCCUCCACUCGCUCACGCUCACCCGCCUGGGACGCCCGGCCUCGCCGCCGCUGCUGGCGCACAUCGACCGCCUCGUCCUCGCCACCAUGCGGGACUGGGGCCGCCACGGCGCCCCCGCCGUCCGCCUCCUCGACGAGGCCAAGAAGAUCACCUUCAACCUAACCGUCUGGCAGCUCGUCAGCAUCGAGCCCGGGCCAUGGACCGAGAGCGUCCGCCGCGAGUACGUCAAGCUCAUCGACGGCUUCUUCUCCAUCCCCUUCCCCUUCGCCUACCUCCUCCCUUUCACCGCCUACGGCCAGGCCCUCAAGGCGAGGAAGAAGGUGGCCGGAGCUCUUCGGGAGGUGAUAAGGAAGAGGAUGGACGAGAAGGCGGAAACCAGUGGCGCCAGUAAAAAUGGGGAGGAUGAGGAGAAGAGGGAGAAGAAGGACAUGGUGGAGGAGCUUCUCGAAGCAGAGGGUGGGAGCUUCUCCGUGGAGGAGAUGGUGGAUUUCUGCCUGUCUCUGCUGGUGGCUGGCUACGAGACCACCUCCGUGCUCAUGACGCUCGCCGUCAAGUUCCUCACCGAGACACCCACUGCACUGGCGCAGCUGAAGGAAGAGCAUGACAAUAUCAGAGGCAUAAAAGGCAAAGACCAACCUCUGGAAUGGAGUGAUUACAAGUCGAUGCCAUUUACACAAUGUGUGAUAAGUGAAACACUGCGCGUGGCGAACUUAAUUAGCGGGGUGUUCAGGCGUGCAAACACUGAUAUUCAUUUUAAAGAUUACGUUAUUCCAAAGGGCUGCAAAAUAUUCGCUUCGUUCCGAGCUGUGCACCUUAAUCUGGAACACUACGAGAAUGCUCGGACCUUUGACCCUUGGAGAUGGCAGAGCAAGAAUAAGCUUCAGAACGCAGAAGGGGCCAGUCUGUUCACUCCCUUCGGCGGGGGACCUCGCCUGUGCCCAGGCUACGAGCUUGCCCGGGUGGUGGUUUCUGUUUUCCUCCACCAUCUCGUGACGCGCUUCAGCUGGGAAGAAGCUGAGGAGGACAGGAUUGUCUUCUUCCCCACCACCCGGACCCUCAAAGGAUACCCCAUCAACCUGCGGCGGCGACCGGAUUAUGCAUGA